CACACACCUGGACUCAUUCUGGUGUGACUCCCAGUCUGUGUGGGUUGCAGCUUGUGUUGAGUCCGUCUCUCUCUCUGCUGCAGUUGUGUGUGUGUGGGUGUGUGUCACCUCCGUCUUUACCUGUCCGCUGCCCCCGCUGUGAGCAAACGGCUGUGAGCAGGCCGUUCUUCAUUUUGCCUUUUUAAACAUGUUUCGAAACCCCUGGAUCUCUAGUUUCCAUGUGAACCAUGUGCAGCCGUGUAGGGAAGGAUUUGGAUCUAAAGUUCCUACAAAACUUUCCAGCUCAACCUCUUUACCAACAGAAGCUCUAAGUUUUCAGAGUGACUUCUCCUUAAAAGACAAGACCAACUUGGUCAAGAGUGUUUCAGACACAGAUGCCAAACUUCUGGUCGUUCUUCCCAAGGUGUCGGAGUUGAAAAAAUACUUUGAGAAAGCUAUCUGCAAGGAUCUGGAAAUGAACAGGAAAGAAAGGAUAGCCCGGCGGCUAGAGGGGAUUGAAAGUGAAGCGCCACCUGCUCUGGUGCCAGGUGGCUUUGUAGCCAACAGGAUGCUGGAAGAAGAUCCGCCUCGGUACACGCGUGCUUCAGACCCCUGUGAGCCUCGUGGGAUGAUGAGGCGUUACAGUCGAGAAGAGAUGGAGCCGCCACAGAAGAAGGUGACCUCUCCAGACAGAACACCUCAGGUGAAAGGUGGCACUGGCAGCGGACGCCCAGAGCCGGUGGUGGUGUACGUCGAUCCCGUGACAUUAUCCACCUCAUCCACACCCACGUCAGGUCCACCGUCCAACCUCAGCUCCAAGGCUGAACGCAUCGCCCGCUACAAAGCUGAGCGCCGCCGGCAGCUGUCAGAGCGCUAUGGGAUCCUGCUGGAUCAAGAGGCGGACACUGAGUACACACCGCGCUACCGGUCCCGGCGUGAACAGGACAACUCUGACCGGCACAUCGCCGCCAGGAGAGACAGAGAGAGAACAGAGGUGGAGGCUCACGGACGGGAGCCGAAGGUACCAUACCGUUCUGGAGUGGGCCGAGUUUACAUGACCACACACCCAGAUCCUGCCUCUGCUGACCCACCGAGGCCGGCCCACUCAAAUCAAGCGCCUCCCCCAACACAAGAACGACCGGGCAGAUUCUCAGAACAGGAGAGAGCGAUGAAUGUGGAGAAUUACCGCCGAGGCGGCGCUCAGGAGCGCUCAGUCACAUCUAGAGGCCGGAUGCAGGAGCAGCACCAUCCUCAGCCACAACAGAGGCAGCACACCCACCAACAUGACGUGUCCCACCGAGAUCCAAGCCCCGCCUCCACCCGGAACUACACAAUCGCCGUGGUGCCGAGCUCUCCUCGCACAGCGCGCCGUGCAUCUUUGCCCUCCACACGCUACGGCAUCUCGCCUGGGGAUUUAUUCAUAGAGCAGCAGGCUCAGAGCAUCCUCAACAGGCAGGGAAUCCGAGUAAGAGAACGGUUGUCCAGAGAAGAAACACCACGAAAGCACCCUGACCAAAGUCCAGACAGGAACCUCCAAAACAGACAUCAUAGUCAUGGCAGCACUGCGAAGUAUAUACCACAACACUCAGAGCACACCCAGCAAAGGACAGUGUCACAACCUCAGCCAAGUCCGGGUCACCAUCCUGCUCCUUUCACAUCUGAGUACCAACACUCUGGCCCUGCUGUGGACCCUCAGCCUACUGUGGCCAUGAAUGCUCCAUUGCUGACUGGAACGCCUUCAGGAGUCCUGGAAGUACAAACACGCAGAAGGGUGAGUGCCGACCAAAUCUAUGCUGCUCAUAGGGAGGCAAGAAUGGAAACAAGACAAGUCCUAAAAGAAGAGGCACAGACGGAGGGCCUGCUAAAGAGCAGGAAGGCAGUGUUGCCAUCUGAAAUUCGCCGAAGGGAACGGAGCGUGGAGGAUCCUCACAGGGGCCUGUAUGAAGACAUGGAGUGGCAAAACAUCAGCCCAGAGAGGAGGAGGAGGAGUCAUGUAGAGGAAGAUUGGGAUGAUGAGCAGCCAAGAGAGAGGGGUAGGGAAAGAAAAGCUCAGAGAAUCAGGGAAAGAGUAAGAGAGCAUCCUUCUAGCCAUGACACCCAAGAGGAGAGAGUUUGUAGAUAUAUGCAGCCUGCCUACUCCUCUGUAUGUCAGCAGCAUAGACAGGAUCAGUCCUUGGAGCCGGUGCACCAUCCAGAGUCCCGAAUAAUGCAUCAUGAACCCCCAGAGCAGAAGCAGUAUGAAGCCAGAAGGAUUGAACAUACAACUCAAAUCCAACAAGAUCUUCAAAGAGAACAUCAGCACAACCAAAUGAGACAAUCUCAGGAAAACCAGAGACAGUCUCAAGGAGAGCAUGAACUGCAAACUAAACUCCCCCCAAGGAAAGUGGAGGACUUUCAAAUACAAUAUCAAAAUCCCCAAGCUAAAAAAGAGAUAGUGCCUCAGCAGGCGGUUUCACAGCAUCAGAGGUUGGACUCAGCUGUCUACCUCCAGAGAGGCUCUUCUUUGCCUCAGGCCAAACACAGAAGUAUGGAAAUAAGUGGUGGGCCCAAACCCAAGAUAAGAACCCGCUCCAUGUCAGACAUAGGUGUAAGUCAGCACUCCAUCAUGUAUCACACUGAGAGAGCAGGAGCCGGGAGAGAGGCUGCCAGAAUUGCCCCUCCACCUGGGGUAGCUAACGGGGAAGUGGGCACCCUGGACACAAGGGUGUCAGUUGCACAGCUGCGACACUCUUACCUGGAGAAUGCCAACCGGAAGCCAGAGCUUGAGACAGCUAAAGCAGAUCUUUCAGCUAAGGAUGUGGAGCCAGCUAGCAGCAGCGGCGAUGGAGACCGAGAGACUCGAAGGCCUCGACGUUACAUUACUCCAGGAGACAGUCGCACAUCAGAGAGGUUUCGGACACAACCCAUUACUUCUGCAGAACGUUUGGAAUCUGACAGAUCACGUCUUAGCCCAACACAACUACAAGAUGCUGAAGAAGGUGAAGAAAAGGUGGAUGAGAGAGCCAAGAUGAGUGUGGCUGCAAAGCGAUCCCUCUUCAGGGAGUUAGAAAAAACAUCAGAUGGAUGCGUUCCCAAACCCCGCUCACGAAACGCUGCCGUGGAACGACGCCUGAGAAGAGUUCAGGACCGUGCGCACACACAACCUGUCACCAACAAAGAGGUGGUCAAUGCUUCCAGCGACGCUAUGACCUCAUCACAACCAGAAGGAACCCCCACAAGUCCAAGUCAAGUCCGCAGCCCUACGGCAGCCAGCACCAGUGUAACUAGCAUCAGCAUUCACGCCUCUUCGCAGCCAAGCUCGACAGCCCAGGAGCAGGAGACAGAAACACAGGCCCUCCAGAAACAGAGCCAGGCUGCUGGAGAUGGCCAGGAGCUUCUGCCUGAGGAGCCAGACUUUUCCACACUCAGUCUGUCUGAGAAAAUGGCCCUGUUUAACCGCCUCGCACAUCCCACGGCGAAGGCAGAAGAGGGCUCUCGAGGCGACACCCGGCAGCGAAGAGCCAACGCCCGCUUCCAGACCCAACCCAUCACCCAGGGAGAAGUGGAGCAGGAAACUGUAACCUCUGCGGUGUGUAACAGGGAUUUAGAGGCCCCUCAGGGAGAACACGUGAAAAUCAAACUGGAGCCGCUGUCCGUCUCCCUCGUCCGAUCCGCAGCGGCCGUCACUUCGCAAGCCUCCGUUACCACGGUAACCAUGUCCCCACACAGCAGCGGCGGUGGCGGCAGCAUCGAUGACGGUUUCCAUCCAGAGAAAUCAACUGCCAUCCCGUACGUCCCUGCCCAACAACAGGCCCCAACAGGCAGCGCGAGCGUCCACCAGGAGAGGGCGCCGCGGUAUUUCUCCCUGACCCAGAGAGGGCACCAAGGCCGCAAGGAGGGGCAGCCCGAUCCCUGCCCCCUCCUUCCUGACAGCCCAGAGAAAGCUGGGGCUCCUCCUGUCCCCUCAUCCUCCGUGGGCCACAGACAGCAGAGCGAGGCGCUGCUGGAGGGCUGGAGAGGCAGGAAAGAGGAAGAGCAGGGAGGAGCCAGGGAAGACGGCAUUCAGGAGAAGCUGCACUCCUCUGACAGGGACAGAGGAGAGCAGCCGCAGCAUCCUAAGCACUCUGCCGAACCGUCUGUGUGGCGUGGCGAGCCGGAGCCUCCGCCCAGCAGGAGAGCUGCAGACUCCCAGGAGGAAAGAGGAAGAGGAGCAGCUCACAGCUCCUCCAAACAGGAGCCAAAGAGAAGCCAGGGAGGCAUCUCAGACUUGCCGGAUCACCCAGGGCCGCUGAAGCCUCUGAUAGCUAAGGUAUCGUCCCGGACUGUGUCUUACAUUUCAAGUGGCCAGCAGCAGCAGCAAAGUAUCCUCCAGCCCCCUCGGACUCUUCCCAAACCCCCUUUAUACAUCCAGCCGCAGUCCUACUCCCAGGCCCCGCCCACCCAGCCCAAACCCUUCACCCAUUCGGUGCAGCCCCAGCCCAAACCUCCAGGUCAAACCCUAUCGAAGCCGUACCCUCAGGUCGCCCCCCAGCCUCCUCAGGCCAAACCUCAGGCGCCGCCUCAGACGCCCCCUAAACCUCACUCCUUCCCCCAGGCUCUCAAGCCUCAGGUCGCGACCCCGGACCAUCCCGAGGACUUCAGCAAGAACAGUGUCCAUUCUGGAGACCUGCUGUCCCCCACAGACCCCGGAGACCAACUGCCUGACGGCAUGUCCACCAAACAGAUGUCCAUCAAGGAGAGAGUGGCGCUGCUGAAGAAGAGCGGUGAGGAAGACUGGAAGAACAGGAUCAACAAGAAACAGGAAGUGGCAACGGUAGCAUCAGCAGAGCAACAGCAGCAUCAGGAAUGGGAGAUGGAGACCAACCAGAAGAAGGAGGAAGGCGUCGCUCAGGACCAUUCUGCAGUGUCUGGCUCUGAACAGCUUUGGGAGCCUGUCUUCUCCUCAACCUUUUCUCCUACUAUUUCUCUUGGCCAAAAGUGCCAAUAUAUUGACCAUCAUGGUCAGAAUGCUGGGGAAGAAACCGAGGCCCAGAUGACCAUCGAAGAGAGGAAACAGAUGAUUUCAACGCGUGAGGAUGCCUGGAAGACAAAAGGCAAAGGAGCCGCCAACGACUCCACUCAGUACACAGUUGCUGCUCGAAUGGUCAAGAAAGGCCUGGCAGCCUCCUCCUCAGUUAUCAGUCCCAUUCUGUCACCAGUUUCCACCAAACUCAAGAGCAGCACUCCAGCUGUCAACAAACCACAGGAGGAAAUUGAGGCCAGGCCAGACAUGGAGUCAGAUAAGAAGCUGGACAAGCUGGAGAGCUUUUUGGGACGAAUUAAUAGCAAAGUGGCAGGUUUGCAGGAAACCACCAUUACAGUGACGGAGAAGGCGGUGAAGGAGGUGAUGAAGCUGGACGAUGAGAUUUUCUCCAAGUUCUACAAACGCGUUGCAGAAUUUCCUCGCAUGCCCACCAGGAUCGAGAUCAGCGAAGACUUUGACAGCAUCUUUGGUUCUCACGGUCCAACGCUGGCCUCAGCCAUGGUGCAGCAUAAGCGAUCUGUCCGACCAUCCAGGAACGUUCAAGCUUCAAGAAAUCCUCUUAAAAUGCUGGCAGCUAGAGAGGACAUUCGACACGAAUACACAGAGGAGAGACUGAAUGUGGCACAGCUGGAGAGCAAGAGGAUGAAGGCUGAGAAGAGUGAGUCAAAUAAAAACUCAGAUUACUCCGAGGCGGCUCUGGCAGGUCUUGCCAGCAAAGAAAACUUCAGCAGUGUGAGUCUGCGAAACGUCAACAUCUCAGAACAGACAUCCAACAACAGCGCAGUGCCGUUCAAGAACCUCAUGCUGAUCCAGGUUAAAGGUCGUCGCCAUGUUCAGACCAGAUUAGUGGAGCCCAGAGCCUCUUCGUUGAACAGUGGGGACAGUUUCGUGCUUGUCACACCAGAGCACUGCUUUGUCUGGAUAGGAGAGUUCUCAAAUGUGAUUGAGAAAGCUAAAGCAACGGACUUAGCCACGUUCAUCCAGACGCAUAAGGACAUGGGCUGCAGGGCGAGUCAGGUGCAAACCAUCGAUGAAGGUGUUAACACACAGGGUUCUGAUGCGCAGCAGUUCUGGACAGUCCUGGGUGGACAGAUGUCUUAUAAAUCGGCAGGUCCACCAGAGGAGGAUGAGCGCUUUGAGAGUGGCAUUGUGGAAACCAACUGCAUCUUCAGACUGGUGGACGACAAACUGGUUCCUGAUGAUGAGGAGUGGGGGAAGAUUCCUCACACCUGCCUGCUUGCACCCAAGGAGGUGUUGGUGUUUGACUUUGGCAGCGAGGUGUAUGUGUGGCACGGAAAAGAAGUGACCCUACCACAAAGGAAGGUGGCCUUUCAGCUCGCCAAGCACCUGUGGAACGGGACGUUUGACUACACCUGCUGCGACAUCAACCCUCUCGAUCCCGGAGGCUGCAACACGCUCAUCCCCAGGAAGGGCCAGGGUCGUCCUGACUGGGCCAUCUUUGGCAGACUCACUGAGCACAAUGAAACCAUCUUGUUCAAAGAAAAGUUCACGGACUGGACAGAAGUGAAGUCGCCAACGCUGAAAGAAGGAGUUGAGUUUGUAACCGAGCAGAAGGAGGCUCCUGGACGUGAGUGUCGACCUUAUGACACGUCCCUGAUGCUGCCUCUCCUCCAGACGCCUAUCAGCACCAUUCUGGACGGGGUGAACGUGGGCCGGGGCUACGGCCCCGUGGAGUCAGAGGACCUCAUGAGGCUGCAGGAGAUCAGCACUGCCUCUGUGGACGUGUGGCACAUCCUGGAGUUUGACUACAGUCGUCUGCCGCGGCAGAGCAUCGGCCAGUUCCAUGAGGGGGACGCCUAUGUGGUCAAGUGGAAGUUCAUGGUUAGCACCUCAGUGGGUCGAAGGCAGAACCCCGAAGCGAGGAGCAGCGGGCCAGGGAAGGAGAAAUGCUGCUACUUCUUCUGGCAGGGCAGGAACUUGACCGUCAGCGAGAAGGGAACAUCGGCGCUGAUGACGGUGGAGCUGGGCGAGGAGAGAGGAGCUCAGGUCCAGGUGCAGCAGGGAAAGGAGCCGCCAUGUUUCCUGCAGUGCUUUAAUGGAGGGAUGAUCAUCCAUGCUGGCAAGAGGGAGGAGGAGGAGGAGAACACUCAGAGCGAGUGGCGUCUGUACUGUGUGCGCGGUGAGGUGCCGGUGGAGGGCCACCUGCUGGAGGUGGUGUGUCACUGCAGCAGUCUGCGCUCCAGAGCCUCCAUGAUCCUGCUCAACAUUAAUAAAGCCCUCAUCUACCUGUGGCAUGGAUGCAAGUCUCAGCUGCACACUCGCAGCGUUGGAAACACAGCUGCGCUUAAAAUCAAGGAACAGUGUCCUCUGGAAGCGGGCCUUCAUAGCAGCUGCAAAGUGACCAUCCAUGAGUGUGACGAAGGAGUGGAGCCUCCGGGAUUCUGGGAGGCGCUGGGGAGGAAAGACAGGAAGGCUUAUGACUGCAUGCUCCAAGAUCCGGGUAAAUUCAACUUCACUCCACGGCUCUUCCAGCUGAGCAGCACAUCUGGAGACUUCGUAGCGUCCGAGUUCUUCCAUCCGUCCAAAGCUCCAGAGCUGGUCAGCUCGCUGCCGUUCCUGCAGGAAGACCUGUACAACGCUCCGCAGCCUGCUCUGUUUCUGGUGGAUAACUUCCACGAGGUCUACCUGUGGCAGGGCUGGUGGCCUCAGGACAGCGAGAGCACCGGCUCGGCCCGCAUCCGCUGGGACGCAGACAGGAAGUGUGCGAUGGAGACCGUUCUGCAGUACUGCAAAGAGAAGAACAAGAAGAAGCCUCAGAAGUCGUAUUUGAUCCACGCAGGUCUGGAGCCGCUCACUUUCACUAACAUGUUCCCCAGCUGGGAGCACAGGGAGGACGUGGCUGAAAUCACAGAGAGAGAGGCGGAGGUGUGCAACCAGAUCAUCCUGGUGGAGGACGUGUUGGCCCGACUCUGUCAGAACAUUUACCCUCUGGCUCAGCUGCAGGCCCGGCCACUGCCAGAGGGAGUCGACCCGCUCCGCCUGGAGAUCUACCUCUCUGACGCUGACUUUGAGACUAAUUUGUAGGUGGAUUCAGGUAAGAGCAGCUCCUGUGAUUCUUCAGACUGGGGACUUUACCUUUCUGCAUGUCUGCACUCUGUUCCUCUUUCACAGUAGAUUUAUAAAAUAAAUCCUGCCUCUUCAGUGCAUUUCCACAUGAGGACAAAAACAUCACGCUCUGCAGAAAGCUCGCAGAUGUUUAAAAUGAUGGUUUCCUGUUUUUCAGACAAGGUUUUUAAACCGGUUGUGGUUUAGAUUGCAGAUAAAGAAUUUUUAAUCAUAUUUUAAUGUAUCACAAGUCACAAACUGGAGACUUGAAUAAUAAUCUGGAUUUAGUCCAGGUUUUACACCUGAAAUAGCCCUUUAAUCACUUCAGCAUUAGUUUAAUGAUUUGUGAAACAUGGAUGUAAAUCUCA